UUUCCCCACAUUUUCCCAAGUCACACUUUAAGAAAGAAAGAAAGAAAGAAAGAAAAAGAAAGAAAGAAAGAAAGAAAGAAAGAAAGAAAGACAUACCAAGAUCUGCAAUCGCAAAUGGUUGUACUAAAUAUAGGAUGGGACUUAAGUUGAGCGGCAGAUGCAUUUCUCUGGUCCUUGCUGUGCAGCUAGCAUACCUGGCGCAAGCAGUCAGAGCAGCGGGCAAGUGCGAUGCGGUCUUUAAGGGCUUCUCGGAGUGUGUGGCCACGAUGGGCCGUAACAUUGCCAACUACCCUCAAGACCUGGACGACAAGAGAAAUCUCGAAACAAUCUGCCGGUACUGGGACGAUUUCCACGCCUGCACCCUCACAGCCCUCACGGAUUGCCACCAGGAAGGACUGACUGAGGUCUGGGAAAAACUGAAAGAGAAAUCCAAAAAGCUCGACUACGAAGGCAACUUGUUUGUCCUCUGCGGCAAAACCAAUGGCGCGGCCUCGACGGUGGUGGCCCCCGCCUCCCCUUUGCUGCUGCUGGCUCUGUCGGCUGCCCUGGCGACUUGCUUCUCCUUUUAAGAUGCGUCGAGCACACCGGUCCACAUGACACCGUUUCCCGGGCCUUCCUCCCCACCCCACCCCACCCACUUCCACCGCUUCUUCUCUGGUUCUCCAAGAGCUGGAUUUACAGAGGGAAAGUCUCCAUCCCUUGGCUUUGGGGAGGUGUGGGAUGUAAGGGAGGGGAGAGAUCGGCUGUGAAUUCUCCCUGAUGCCACUGACCACGACAUCCACCUAAGGAAGGAUUGUGGCGGAAAGAGAGAGACACACGGAAGGCCACUCCGUACGACCAGAAGCGCGUUUCUCUCUCUCCCUCCCUCCCUCGUGUCUUCUUUUAUUUCAUUUUUGCGUGCUGAUGAUUUGCCAAAUGGUACCAAACGGCGGGGCCCCAACCUGCCGACAGCCAAAAUCGGACCUCAGCUUUAUUUUAUAGUCUCUCUUCAAGACCAAGGUCAACUUGAGCCCUUCUUUCUUGUGUGCAAAAAGAAAUCUCAGGAACGGCGUCAAGCCACCAACCGAAUACUCCUAAUAAAGCGUUGUUACUAGGUAAUCAGAGUAAUAAUAAAGUAAUACUAUUAAUGACACUACGCGCGGCAACACGAAGAGGGGCUCUUCUGGGGAACGUCAACAGGAAAGGAUGAGUGGA